GUAGUCCGUCCGUCUUUCCUGCGCCGCUACGGCCGGGAUUAUUAAUUAUUGUUCGCACAUUUCCAACUUGGAAAGCGGCCAGCGUCGCGAGAAAUAAUGUUGGGUGUUACCUGGCUGGAAAGUUGAGAGGUUCUCACGGUGAGGACUCCCGUUUCCCGGAGUGGCUGCAACGUACGGACUACAAUUCCCAGAAUCCAAAGGGGCGAGGAAGGGUGGUCCUUUGCAAGGGGCUUGGCAAGAUCUCCCAAGGCACGAGCGCUCGGCGCGGUAAAAGGAAUACGAGAUGCAGCUGAGCACCUGGACUUAAAGCAUUUUUCUUGAAGGAGGUUCCUCUCAAGGUUCUCCCACUGCAACCUCAACCUGCAAAGGACCACUGCUUGGAAUGACAGAGGUGUAGGAUUUUGGAGCAAAUGGGACCCAGGGGCCAGCGCUUUUUGCUUUUCCCCUUCUUGAUGAUUUUCCUUCUGCCUGGAUAUUUAGCAAUGCUGGACACUGAUGGAGGCUGGUUGACAAGCAGCCGCUCUGUGUUAAUGGAAGAAGACAGCUGUACCGUGGAGAGGAGGGAUGCCACACUGACCUACUCCCAGUUCAUUGAACAGUAUGCCUUCUCUCGGCCAGUUAUACUCCAAGGAAUAACAGACAACUCGGAGUUCCAGGCCCAAUGUACCAAGGACAAAUUGCUGACCAGGUUUGGGGACCGCCCUGUCCGUCUUAGCACCGCCAACACCUAUUCUUACCACAAAGUUGACCUGCCCUUCCAGGAGUAUGUGGAUCAAUUGCUGGAGCCGCAGGACCAGACCUCUUUGGGGAGCGAAACCCUCUACUUCUUUGGUGACAACAACUUCACGGAGUGGGGCCCUCUCUUCCAGAAGUACACCCCGCCACCGUUCCGGAUCCCAGGCACCACUGGAGCAUACAGUUUUGGGAUUGCAGGUCCUGUACUUCCCAGACCGAUGGUGGCAUGCUACCUUGAAUCUGGAUACCAGCGUUUUCAUCUCCACGUUCCUGGGUUAGCAGAUCUGCUUGGUGGCUCCUCCUUGGCCUUCUUGCCAUUACUCCUGCGAUGGGGUACGAAGAAGCAGGACUUGUCGACAACAUUUGGGGAAUCUGGGGCUAGUGAUGGUGGGACCAUCCCAGUCUCUCAUUGGAUCACAGCACAGAAUUAAGGAGAAGGCAGGUGGUGGUCUGCUAGUGGACUUCCCAAUGUUUUGAACGACAAUUCCCAUGAUCCCUGCCCACUGACAAUGCUGGCUAGGGCUGAUGGGAGUCGUGAUGCCCUCCAGAUGUUUGGACAAUGUCACCUACCCCUCGUCUGAAAGAUGACUUGCUGUAGCCUUUUCUAAUCUGGAACCUAUUAGACCUCAACUUCCAUUAGCCUUGACCACUGGUUAUGCAGACUGGGUCUUAUGUGGGGGGUUGUAGUCCAACAUCAUGGGUUUCCCCAUUCCUGGGUAAAAAAUGGACAAGACGAUGAUGAAUCAGAUAUUUCCAGUGACCACCCUUUGUAAUAGGCAGGCUCUCUAAUUAUAGCCUUACAUUCCAGGAAGGAAACGUGGCUUCCGAAUGACUUAAGAGUUGAAAAUUUGAGCGCCCUCGGAUGAAGUUAAAUAGGCUGUUUGCAUGUAGUCACCUGCGAUAAACAACAGUAGUGUGCUCUUUACAGCUGGAUGCCCGUUUAUUUUUUAAAUAAGCCCUACUACUAUGUCGGUUUCGCUGGUGCAAAAAUUUAAGCAGGUGAUGUUCUUUCUUUCUUUCCCACCUUUUCUCUGCUAAGAAAAGCUUCACUGGUGAAAUUCUGCUUAUCAGGCUGAUGUUAGAUAAGGGAGUAGGGCUCAUCCAGAAAUGCACGGUUUGUGCAAACUCUAGUAUUUACAGAUCUUUUUUGUACCACAAAAAUGUGACCUAUUCCAAGUUUUCCCCGUUUAUUCCUCUCUCGUCUUCGCUUCCUGCCAUGAAGCCCUAGUUCCAUUUUUCGUUUGUCAUUCUGGCAGGGAACCUCUGGCCCUCCAGUUGUUCAUGGGCCUCCCAUCCGCAUGGCCGAUGGUCUGGGAUAUGAGAGAGCUCCAACUCAGCAACACCUGGAGGACCACAGGUUUCAGACCUCUGUCCAAGGCUAUCAGGGAUCACAUCAAAUGCACUUGCAGAGGUGUAACUCAGGAAUGGGGAGUCACGUGCCCUCCAGCUGCUUUUGAGACCCCCCCCCCCAGCUUCCAUCAGUUCCAGCCAAUAUGGUAAGUGGUCAAAGAUGAUGAAAGUUCUAGCUAAAUGACAGCUGGAGGGCCAUGCAUUCCCCAAGCUGCAAUUUAGUGCUUUGUGGACAGAUGCUGCCUAAAUGGUUUCUCCAGCCACAUGAGACUUUCCAGAAACACGUUUGCCUCUAAAGAUCACUAGUUUGCAAUAAAGGCAGACUCAGCCCUGCUUCUGAUGCCAAAUUGGAUUUGCAGGUUUAGGUCACUCACAUGCGUUCAUAGGAACAUGGGGAAGCUGUUGUCAGGCUGUGUGUCCAUCCAGCCCAGGAUUGUUGAGUGAUUGGCAGCAACUCUCCAGGGAAUCAGUCGGAUACGAGCCUUUCCUAUCAGCCCUUUGAACUGAUGGUGGCUGCCAUGAAGUUCCUACACGGCUUUUCAACUUGAGCAUGGUGCUCAUCAAGUGAUAAACUGCAGGACCAAAGGCGCCUCCGCUGUUCCAACAGCGCAGUUUAGACCAGUUGUGACUAGCCAGCUGCCAUUGGACUCCAACUCCUAGCAGCCCCAGCCAACAUGGCCGAUGGUGGGGGUGAUGGGAGAUGGAGCCCAACAAAAUCUAGAGGGCCGCAAGUUCCCCAGAUGUGGUUUACCCCUCUACAGAUUAAAUUAGAUCUGCAAACACCAUUUUGCUUCUCAGUGUUUUGUUGUUGUUGUUUAGUCGUUUAGUCGUGUCCGACUCUUCGUGACCCCAUGGACCAGAGCACGCCAGGCACUCCUGUCUCCCACUGUUUUACCUUUU